AUGCCCAUAGAAUUAGUUUUAUCACCAUUGAUGAGGCCAGUCGUUAUGGCCAAAUCUAUUCUUUUUGCUCCUCACAGAAGAGCUUCACGUUAUGUUCCUAUCAUCAAAGAUUUACCUGAAGAAAAUGUUUCAACGUAUGUUGUUUUAAAAAGAUUUGGUUCUGGAUCCAAGAUAUUUGACGUUUUUGAUACUGAAAAGGGAAAGAAACCUAUUGGAUCUAAUGAUCCUAACGAUUCUUUAUUUUGGUUUGUUAGAUCCAGAGCUGUUAAGGGGGCAUAUAAGAUGUUCUCGAAAGAAAUAAGAAGCACAGGAGCUGAUGGAGAAGAUGAGCCUGUUGCUGACGUAAGAGCAGGGUUGAGAUCCAACAUCCUUUUGAUUAGAGCUCCUGAAGUACCGGUUUCUGAAUUGGGUUGGCAUGUGAUCAACCACAGAGUUGAUGCUUUAGACAGUUAUAGAAUGUUUACGUUAGCUGACGGAUUCACUUACCAAUGGACUUCUAGAGGAAAAUGGUUAGAAAGAUUGCAUAAUCCAGGGGAAAAGGAAAGUGAAGUUAGAGAAAGAAUUGGACAAGUGAUUCCUAAUGGAAUCAGAGGAUUUACUUUAAAGAUUGACGAAACCAAAAUGGCUCGAGAAUUGGCUUUAUCUAGUGCUCUAUGUUCUUUCAUUGAUCAAUGGAAUACCAACAUUGAAGUUGGAGGUAUUUAUUAUGGUAGACAAAAUACUAGGGUUCGUUGGAAAAGGGAUUAA